AUGUGCCCAGAGGAGCUCAUCGCGCUGGGGCCUGGGGAAUCUGCCUGGCACGUGGUCCUGAAGAAGAUCAAGGAGCUCUGAAUCAGUACGGAGCGGGAGGGAGGGAGGUUGGGGGGUCGCCAACUGGGCGUGCUGGCCCGCCGCCAUCAGGCCUUCUGCCGCACCCUGCCGCAGGUCUCACCCUUCUGUGCCAUGAAGUGCAACAACAGCACCUGGGGACUGCGCGUCCUGGCCACCCUGGGCGCCGGCUUCGACCGUGCCAGCCAGGUGGAGCUGGAGCAGGUGCUGGGCCUGGGCGUCGCCCCCUCGUGCAUCAUGUAUGCCAACCCCUGCAAGCCUGUCUCCCACAUCCAGUACGCUGUCCUCCACGGGGUGCGGCUCCUGACCUUCAACAGUGAGGAGGAGCUGAGCAAGGUGGCCCAGCACCACCCCGAGGCCAGGCUGGUCCUCUGGCUGUGGACCCAGGACAGCGAGAGCAUGUUCCCCCUGAGCGCCAAGUUCGGGGCCACCCUGGAGGUGUGUGAACAUCUGCUCAAGUCGGCCAGGGCCCUGGGGUUGGCAGCGGUUGGAGCCAGCUUCCACAUGGGCUUGAACUGCCAGAUGGUGCGCGCCUUCACCCAGGCCCUGGCUGACUGCCGGUGCGUGUUCGAGAUGGGCCUCCUGGACAUCGGAGGGGGCUUCCCGGGAGAGGAGGGCUGCGAGCCUAAAUUUGAGGAGAGAGCGAGGGUGAUCAAUGCUGCCCUGGCCCAGGACUUCCCCGUGGGGAGCGGUGUAGAGAUCAUCGCGGAGCCCGGACGCUUCUACGCGGCGUCUGUCUACACGGCAGCUGUCAACCUCAUUGCCAAGAAGGCUGUGCUGGAAUCUGGAGGCCACCGGAAGCCGGUAUGCUAGCUCAGUGAGGGCCACUGCGGCAUCUUCCGCAUCUUCCUCAGGGAGGCUGUCCCCGGGAUGCCCAUUGUGGUGAAGGAGUUCGGCUCAGAGCCGUCCCUCCUCCCCUGUACCUGCUACGGUCCCACAUGUGAUGCCUUUGACAAGCUCUUCCUAGGGGAGUUGCAGAUGCCCGAGCUGGAUGUGGGCGACUGGCUUGUCUUUCCCUCCAUGGGCGCUUACACCUCCACCAUGAGCUCCACCUUCAGUGGCUUCCUGCCCGCCUCCAUCUGCUAG